AUGAAGAAGUUUCGGAAGGUGUUGGACGGCCUGACCACAUCCUCUCCGGGAUCCACUAUCUGUUCCCCCUCGUGUGGCAGUGCGUCCGGUACUCCUACUGCAGCACCCACUCCCCGCGAAAUCGACAUCCAGGAGACUCUAGUCUCGGAAAACUUUCAAAUUAGUAAGACUGGACGGCCUGGCGUGGAUUGCUACUGUCAGCAUGAGAGCGGAGCGGCCGUGCUUCAACUACAGUUCCUCAUCAACGAGGGGGCGCUGGUCACGGCGUGCGCCGACGACACACUGCACCUGUGGAACCUCCGUCAGCGACGGCCCGCCAUCCUGCACUCGCUCAAGUUCAACAGAGAGCGGAUCACAUUUUGCCACCUUCCCUUCCAGAGCAAAUGGCUGUACGUGGGUACAGAGCGAGGAAACACCCACAUCGUCAACAUCGAGUCCUUCAUCUUGUCUGGAUACGUCAUCAUGUGGAACAAGGCCAUCGAACUGUCGACUAAAACACACCCAGGGCCCGUGGUUCAUUUGAGUGACAGCCCAAAGGAUGAAGGCAAGCUGUUGAUUGGGUUUGAGAGUGGAACCGUCGUUCAGUGGGACCUUCGGGCCAAGAAGGCGGACUACAGAGUCUCCUAUGAUGAGGCUAUCCAUUCAGUGAGCUGGCACCACGAGGGCAAACAGUUCAUGUGCAGCCACUCAGACGGUAGCCUGACACUGUGGAACUUACGUAACACGGCGAAGCCCUUCCAGAUCACCUUUCCUCACGGUAAGAUCCAGAAGGAUGGCAGAAAGGAGUCAUGUAAACCCAUCCUGAAGGUGGAAUACAAGACGUCAAAGAGCAGCAGCGAGCCUUUCGUCAUCUUCUCCGGCGGCCUGUCGUACGACAAGGCUGGACGGCGACCCACGCUGACCAUCAUGCACGGCAAGGCCAUCACAGUCCUGGAGAUGGACCACCCCAUCGUAGAGUUCUUAGUCCUCUGUGAGACCCCGUACAACAACGAGGUCCAGGAGCCCUAUGCGGUGGUGGUUCUCCUAGAGAAGGACUUCAUUGUGGUUGAUCUGACACAGAGCAAUUUCCCCAUCUUCGAGAACCCCUACCCUAUGGACAUCCACGAGUCCCCUGUCACCUGUACGGCCUACUUCGCAGACUGUCCUCCGGACAUCAUCCCCAUCCUCUACUCCAUAGGGGCCAAACACAAGAAGACCGGGUACAGCCAGAAGGAGUGGCCUGUGAGCGGAGGAACGUGGACCUUGGGUUCUCAGACAUACCCGGAGAUCAUCAUCACUGGACAUGCGGACGGGUCUAUAAAGUUUUGGGACGCUUCUGCAAUCACGCUGCAGAUGCUUUACAAGCUGAAGACAUCCAAGGUGUUUGAGAAGCCGAAAUGCGGGGAGGGGGGCAGAGCGGCCGAGCUGGUGGAGGAGGACCCAGUACGCCGUGAAGAUGGUCAGCUGGUGCCAAAGAGCCGCCUGUUCUGCGUGGUGGGCAUCUCAGCCCACGUCAUCCUCUACCGCUUCAGCAAGUACGACGCCAACACGCAGAUUGUGUCGUUAGAGGUGCGUCUGCAGUGUGACGGGGAGGAUGUGAUCUCUCCGUCUGAGACAGAGAACCACCCCUGCUUCUCGGACCCCAGCUCCCACUCGCCCCAGCACCAGCCUGUCAGCCCCGGGGCCCGCACCCCGGAGGGCUCCAGGGACAGCUCCCCCUUCCUCAAGGUGAAGAGUCGCCCUGUGCGGAUGCCCCCGGGAUACCAGGCUGAGCUGGUGGUGCAGCUGCUGUGGGUGGAUGGAGAGCCUCCCCAGCAGAUCACCAGCCUGGACAUCAACUCUGCCUACAGCCUUCUAGCGAUUGGGAACUGUAAUGGCCUAGCGGUGGUGGACUAUCUCCAGAAGACCAUCCUGCUCUGCAUGUCCACAGUAGAUCUGUAUGGAGGUGCAGACCCUUACCAACGGCUCACACGCUCCCCGCGCAAGAACAGGCAGUCCACCUCAGACUUUUGCAUGCGCGGCCUGUCUAACCUUUAUUCAGAUUCAAAGAAAAGGAUCCGUACGUCCUACCAGAGCCUUACGGAACUGUCCGACAACCAGGUGUCUCUGGACAUGGAGAGAAGCAGGUCCCCCACAUCAGUUCCUUACCCAUCCUCCCUUCACAAUGACCCCCGUGUCCUGCCCGAAGCUGUGGCCAAUCUGAGGGCCAGUCACUGCAGCCCAGUGUUUUACUUGCUGGACAAUGUUAAGGGAUCCGGCAGAAAGUUAAGCCUGCCAACAGAUCUUAAGACUGAUCUUGAUCAUGUCAAUGGACAUUGCACUAGCCCCACGUCCCAGCCCUGCUCAGCCGGGAAGCCGCGCGCCCCGGCCUGUCCUGAGGGCUCUCGGCUGGCCCGGAGAGGGCCAGGAAGACCGCCCUUCCGAAAGGCCCAGUCCGCCGCUUGCAUGGAGAUCUCUUUGCCUGUUUCCCACACGGAAGGUUAUGCAUCCAGGAGGGCAAUGCUUCAGCAGUUACACGGAGUCAGUAUGUACUCCCACGACGAGCACCACACCCCGUCCUACUGUUGGAGCGAGAGAGAAAGCCGCGAGAACUCCUUCAGUCGCUCGCGCAGCUCCAGCGUGUCAAGCAUCGACCGCGACACCAAGGAGGCCGUCAGCACGCUGCAGUUUGGAGAGUCGUACGGGCGCAAGGGCGACGCCUUGCCCACGCCGUGCCUGUGGGUGGGCACCAGCCUGGGGGUGGUGCUGCUCAUCCCCAUGUCCAUACCCACCGAGGAGGAGGAGAGGCUGGAGGAGCCCGUCACCAUCGGCCCUAGCGGCUCAGUCCUCAUGCUGAAGGGCUCCAUCCUGCGCUUUGCCUUCCUGGACUGUGGGGGCGCUCUGAUCCAGAGUCCCUACGAGGUGUGGCGGGACCCCAACAUUCCCGAGGACCCAGAGCGGCCCCGGAGACGCAGGCUGGUCAACUUCUCGCCCUCGUCCUCCCAGGACGCGUGUGCGGACGGACACCUGACCGUGGUGUGCUCCGAGAAGCAGGCCAAGGUGUUCCUCAUGCCCUCCCAGGCCUGCCUGUUCGUGCACAACAUCACAGAGUCCUCCUUUGUACUGCGGGCCGACGUGGUGACGGUGUGUAACAGCGUCGGCCUGGCUUGCUUCUGCGCCAACGGUCACGUCAUGAUCCUCAGCUUGCCCAGUCUCAGACCUCUGAUGGACGUGAACUACCUGCCCCUGACAGACAUGCGCAUCGCUCGCACCUUCUACUUCACCAACAGCGGCCAGGCCCUUUACCUCAGCUCCCCUACUGAGCUGCAGCGCAUCACCUACAGCCAGGAGAUGUGUGACAACCUGCAGGAGAUGUUGGGGGAGCUGUUCACGCCCAUAGAGACACCGGAGGCCCAGAACAGAGGGUUCCUCAAGGGCUUCUUCGGUGGAAACGCCCAGAACUUUGACCGAGAGGAACUGUUCGGCGAGGCGGCGGCGGGUAAGGCCUCCCGGAGCCUGGCACAGCACAUCCCAGGCCCGGCUGGCAUGGAGGGCAUGAAGGCAGCGGCGGGCGGGGUGGUGGGAGACCUGGCCCGGGCCCGCAUUGCCCUGGACCAGAGGGGCGAGCGCCUGGGAGAGCUGGAGGAACGCACCGCCCUCAUGAUGACCAGCGCAGACACCUUCUCCAAACACGCUCACGAGGUGAUGCUGAAGUGCAAGGACAAGAAAUGGUACCAGUUUUAAUGGCAGACCAAUGGUUGGAAGUCUGCCCUUUGACCUGGUGGUGGAGCUAUGCUUCGACACGGACUUCACUCUACCGAUGAGGGAGAGAGCGAGAUGAGACAGAGAGGAAAGAGUGACUUUGUGUACACAGGCCUCUCUGUGGGCUGUCUGUACAGCAUUGUCACAUUAGUGGUGGUAUUGGAUAAAGGCUGGUCGCUGGUGUAGACUGCAGUGAGAUGGACACAGACCAAGAUGGGGGGACCCAGAGGAUGGAACAGUCCACCCGUGUGGAACAGUCCAUCUGUGUGUGUGUGUGGGGGUGUGGGUUUACUUGACCUUGCUGUGUAGAUAUUCUAAAGUUAAGACAUCAACAAGACUGCAUGAAACACAAUGGAUGACUACAAAAAAUAACUACAACUGCCAUAUUAAAAAGCAGCAUGCUACUUUAACAGAGGGAAAUACUAAAUACAAACUUUUAUUUAAUAAUAUAAGCCAACAAACAGAAACUAUGAAAAACGUUAUAUUUUUUGAAAUAUUGAGAAAAUAUAUAUAAAAAGGGAAAUGUAUACCUGCAUUGCUAUGAAGCCAAAUUUUAUUUAUUUUUUUGCCUUAUUUUUUCUUUGAUUUUUUUAACUAAACACAAAUCAUUUCUGUAUCAAUUAAUACUUAUUACAAUUACAUUGCCGAUACUAGUCCAAUUUCUUUACUUAGACCUUAUGCUACACCUUAUUCUAUGCUAAACAUCUAUACUCCAAAUGUCUCCUUGUCACCUCCACACUCUUCAUGAAAUGGGGGCAGUGAAAACACAAAUUAACACUUUGAGCAAAUGCACUAUCCACAUAUAAGCACUAAUUUCAUUUUCUUGGCUGCUGCUACUUACUAUAUCUGACAUUAUAGAAAAAGGUACAUUUCACUCCCCUGUGAAAAAUAUAGGAACACAGAGGUUAGAUUGCUAAAUGUCUGAGAGGGUAUGAUAAUGAAUUGUGGUGGUCAAUGCUUGUCUGUGAGGUCUGGAUUGAGUGUGUUUAUAUUUAUAAGCAUUAUGUAAUAAUUCACGUGCCAUAAAAUCAAGAUGGGUGAACCCCCUUCCUGUAAACUAGCCAAGCGCUAACGUGAUAGUCAUGAUGCAGUCUGUUUCCUGUAGAGGACAGUAGUUGAGCCGAACCCUCCGGAUCUGCCCAUUGAUUGGCCGUCUGUCAAUGUCACCUGACUUGGGUUCCUUUUGAGAAAUAGUGACGUUUCUAACUUUUUAUUUUCUGUUGUUUUGUUCUUUGUUGAAAUAUUCUGCUGCCUUUGUCAUUUCUCUGAGGUUGGUGAGUCAUUGUCAUGUGUCACACAAACCGCCGUAAAAGACAAACUCUUCUUUCUCUGCCAAAGCAAUUCAACACGAACGAAGUCCUCUGUAGAGUGUGCCAUUUAAAUGUCCUUGUGGGUGGUGGGUCCCCUUGUUUACAUUUUGGUAUGCAGAGCCCGUCCCUCUUUUACACUACGAUGUUGAACUAUGCUUCAUGAUUCUAGAUGUAUAACACGCUCACAGGACUAGGAACAUGGGGGAUUAGUCGCCUGGUCCAUUUACACCAACGACCCUGGCGACGAUACUAAGAUGAGGGUAUGGAUGAAACACACCUUGUAAUUGCCUUUGGAAUAUAAUGAUUUAAGCAGAUAUUGUAUUCAUUCUUUCUGUAUUGAUUCCCCCCCAUGUUACUGUUACAUUCUCGGUCCUUGCCCCUGUUUGAUAGACGUCGCCUUUUCUCUUUAAAUGCUACUAUAUGUACAAAAAUGUUCUAUGGUACAUGUAAUUGUAUGUGUUGUACAAGUCAAUGAGUGUACAUGGGCAACACUGGAAACCCCCUGUGAUAAAUGAGAAAAAGAUGCAUACACUGAGAAUAUUAUUUUCUCUACAGUUUGACAAAUUUCAGAAGAUUUGUUUGGACCCUGACAGCCUCAUUCACCAUAUCAAAUUUUAAUUUCUAAUUUUAUUUUUUUGACAUGUCACCUGAGUGGAUACUAGACCAAAAAUGGUUCUUACCCUCUCUUAUAAGGUAGGCUACACAAACACAGAAACAAGUUCACUUGUAUUGCUAUCAUUUCACCUUGCUCCCUCUCAGGCUUGUGUGAAAUGUCUGAAGGACAAGGUCAGCUUGUCUGGAAACCCUGUACAUUCACACAGUUCAGGAUGGGUUUAAAACUUGAAGCAUACUCAAUUGGCUUUCCUGGCAGAUACGUCAAUUGAAUUGUCAAUUGUUCAUGAGUGAAUGUGGUUGUGCCGAAGAAAGAAAAUCUAUUUCUCUACACGUACUGUCCAUGAGAUCUGUGUUGAUAUCAGUGGAGUUAACUUUAAUGGCAGAGAAGAAAAAAAAAUCUGAUUACUGACAGGGUGUUCUGUUUAUAUGUGUUUGGUUUUUAUAUCAACUGUACAGUUCGACCCUGGGAGUGAAGACAAACACACACACACACAAAAAAAUUACUAAAAAGACACAAAAACAGUGUUAGGGUAUUAUUCUCUGUAAACGUGGUUCAUGUUUGAUGAUGGUACUCUGGUGUUCCAGCUCAGUCUAAGUCACUAAGGCUCUGUAGUUCUCUAGUUUUCUGACCAAGACAUUUCUCUGGUUUUCUCAAAGACGUCAGCAAAGUUUGUCUUGUUUAAAUGGAUUCUACCACUUUUUGUUCUUAUUGAUAUUAUAGUAGUGUAAUAGAGAUUACUGGAAAAAAAUACAUGAAAAAUAUGUUGAUGCAAAUCAAAUUGAAAUAAACAUUGAUUGAUGUACACACUA